GUUUUGUGUCGUACCUUUUCUUUAUUCAGUUUCAGUGUAACCUUAGAUCACCCAGUCACAAAUAAAAACAAUGAUAACAAUCGUUAUUGUUAUCGUGGUAACCGUAAACUGUGUAUUUAUUUUUAAGCAUCUGGUAGCACUCCCUUCGAAGCAGAGUCACGCAACAGCUGCAAUGGCGGCAUUGUGAAAUUCCUGGUAAAAUUUGUAAUUUAUGAGGAGGAGCGUGAAUUAAAAAAAAUCAUUAUGAGCACUUGGGAUCCUGAGAAUGAUGUGGAUCUCACUGAUUCAGAGGAUGAGAUCUUAAUGAAACAGGACUUUCACGGCCGCGAAGCAAUUCUCUUUGUUGUUGACGCUAACUUAGAGACAGAACGUUUACUAGAGGCCCUGCAAAUUAUACGUGGAUCUUUUAUAUCGGGCAUGCUGGUCAACGGGAAGGAUCUAAUGGGCUUGGUAUUUGCUAAUACUAAAAACAGUCCAUUGCCUCAUGAGGCCGAUUGCCUAGAAAAUAUUGUGGUGCCGGCCAAUUGUGCUGUAUUUCUGCCGCUUCGACAGCUCACUAAACCAAUUGUAGAGCAUUUUUUGGAGUUUAUGGCCACUGCGGACGAACUGUUUGCCCGUAACUACGGCUUAGCUGAGCCCGAUGGACGGGGCAGUUUUGCCUCAAUGAUACGCCUGUGCAUUGAGCUUCUGGAAAAGUGCGGCAAGAAGCUAAACAACGCAAAAAUUGUUUACAUGACUGAUGUGGAGGAUCCGCAUCCACCGUCCAGUAGCGAGUUUCAAGCGGCGCUGCAAAAGGGAAGCGAUCUGGAAGGAAAGGAGUUCGAAUUUCAGGUCAUACCAAUGGUCAAUGAAUUCGACUACGAGCCCUUCUACAAGGAGUUUAUAACGCUUUCUCGAGCCAUUGAACUGGACGCAUUUCGAGUACCAGAUGCGCAGCUGCAGCGCGAAAUACUGGAGGAUCGCAAGCUGCGGCAGGAUUUUCUGCGUCGCUGCCUGGGCCAUUUCAAUCUUUCACUAGGUCCCGAUUUAAACAUGUCUGUGACGUAUUAUAACUACUUUAUGCGCCACCCAUAUCCAAAGAAAGUGCACAUCAUGCGUCGUGACAAUAGCGUAGUACGUAAGCAACGUCAGAUUAUGGUUCGACGGCAGGACGAGGAGUCACAAGAAAUAACACAUGAGUACCAGAUCAAGAUGACAGGCGGCUGGUAUGAAUGCAAGCUUGGUGAGCAAGUGUUGCGAGUUACCACAGAGCAGCUAAAUCGCGUACGUAACCUGCAUCCGCCAGGUAUGAUGCUAUUGGGCUUCAAGCAUCGCUCUGCGCUGCCAGACUUCAUAUACAGCAAGUCCUCUAACUUUAUGUAUCCCGACGAUCAGAGCAUUAUAGGCUCCAAGCGGCUAUUUCGUGCACUGUGGCAGCGCUGCCUAGAACGCAAGAAGAUCGCCAUUUGUCUGUUUUUGAGCAAGCGUAAAUCAUUGCCGCGUUUUGUUGCACUGAUGCCUGUAGAAGGCGCUCAAUUUGACAAAAAGGACUACCGGUCGCUAUUAUCAGGCGAUGGCUUUACGAUCUUCUACUUGCCAGAAGCCAAGCACAUACGUCACAUUGAUUUUUGCGACUGGAACAACAUUGCCAACAGCGCUACAGAUGAAGGCAUCGAGUUGAUUCAGAAAGUCAUUAAACAGUUGAGGGUCAACUAUCAGCCGAAUCUUAUCAGCGAUCCCAACCUGGACGUCUUGCAGUCAAAUUUACUAGCGUUGUCGCUGAACAUUAAAACUGAAAAUCUCAGUCGUCUGCCUGAUCCAGCUCUGCAGGAUAAACGCAUUGAAAAGCUGUUGCCCGGCUAUGAAACAAUCUUUGGGCCUGAAACCGAGCCGGCUAAGAAACGUGCAGCAAAAUCAUCGAAUGAAGAUGCCAGCGUUUCAAAGAUGGCCAAAAUCGACGGGGAACAACUAAAAAGUUACAACUUUGUAGAACAACUAAUCAAUGAUAAGCAUCUGACUAGUUGCUCUGUAGCACAACUACGUUUCAUUCUAAGUGAACACUUUGGCGUUACGCAAACCAAGUCUGUUGCCAAAGCGGGUCUAAUAGAGCGAAUUGAAAAACUCAGUGUCUAAUAAGAUGUAUUAUUGUUAUUAUUAUUAAUAGUUAAGCUAAGUUUAAAAAACAAAAAAUAUAAA